AUGUCGACGAAGCACGGACAAAAGGUUGAUCAAGGAAUCAUGGCCUGUCUAGUUCAACUAUACGCUUUAUGGGGCCAGGCCACAGAAUGGUUAUUUGAGCCUUCCAUCACAAGCACUCUACCGCCAUGGCAGGCUGGAUCUACCCUCUCGAUGCUGGAGUCCAAGUGGAUGCAGUUCGAAAUCCAGUUUGCGGAUACCCAUCGCUACAUUAAUGUCGACUUCAAGCGACGUGCUCGAGAAGAGCGACAGUCUCACCGCUACCUGUCGAGUUGGCUCUGCGUCCAAUUCCUCUUCCAUUCCAUACAGUGCCUUCUGCACCGGCCUUUUGUUACGAUGAUCAAGCUCCGUCACCUGAAAGAGCACACCGGAAACCAAAACCCAAGAAUCGCAUUACUUGUGAACGAGGAAUAUCGGGUAGAUAAGGUAUAUGAGUUAGCUGCUCGGCAUCAAAACUAUGGCUCGUUGUUCUACAACCAAGACGGAUUUUCCGGGGCAUUGUCUACCAUGCCAACCCCAUCAAACCUACCGAGAAUGUCAAGCUCUGAUGAAGCUCUGAUGUGGGAUAUUCUGGAUCUCACCUCCUCAUCGAGCUUCAACAAACCAGCAAAUACUGGACGCUUGACUACACAUAAUGCAAAAACGAUGACAAAUGGGCCCGAUGCCCCGGAGCAGGGCUCAGACGACGAGGAUCCCACAACAGGCCAAGAGCAAGUCUCAGUGACUCCAGGCUUUCUUGCCCAGGACCAAGAACUUAUGGGACAGGCAUCAGCAUCCCGCCCACUGAAGGAGCCUUCAUCAGAUUGGCUAUCCUCAAAACAAGGUGGGCAUAACGCUGUGGCAGCUGUUCCUGAUAUACCUGAUUGGAUGAUCUUUGGAGACUUCACAGAGCAUCUUUGA